GCUCAGAAGGACCCGAGGACACUCCACUCGGUGCUUGCGGCGCGGUGGCGGAUUUGGGUCUCCCUCUACCUGCCAUACGUGGCCCUGUACGUCGACGUCAUUAUGAUUCCGGGCUUGCAGCCGUCCACCAUCAUGGACGUUGCUCUAGGCUUGGUAAUCGCGUUCGGAAACUUCUUGCUGUCCUGCGUGAUCGAGCUGGUGACCUCCUGGGCGGGCUUCGUCUACAAGCCCAACAGGGACCAGGUCGUGCUGAGCCUGGCCUUCCUCGGCACGUUCCUGAACACGGCGGCCGACCUGUGCAUGAUUGCGAUCAUCGCUCAGGGCACGGUCUUCCAGGACGCGUUCAGUGGGAGGAACACCGGCUACGAUACAGCGAUCUCUCGGAAGUUGUUCUCCCUGAUAGUGCCGGGUUACUUGUUUACACCGUACUUUUUCAUUCCGUUUUUCGAGCAUUUUUUACCACGAUGGCUUGCUAAGCAGCUUGUGCGCACACACCGUCGCAUUCCACUGCACCGUGCCAUCCAAGCCGUGCAGUUCCGGGAUUGGGAUAUCGUUUGGCGCUAUGCCGACAUACUCAACAAUACGACCAUUUGUAUAGUGUUGCUUUUCUUCACGAGUCCUUAUGGCUGGCGGGUCAUGAUAUGGUUGUGCGUCUUCUUUAUGUUCAUUUAUGCUAUCGACAAAGAGCUGCUGCUGAAGCAUACCAUGCCUACCAUAUACGAUACGCACUCUCUGAGCCACUCGUUUGUUCAUUGGUGGAACGUGCCGACGGGGCUGUUGGCUGCGCUUGUGGCAUUCUGGGGCUACAAGGCCCAAGCUGGCAUAUUCAUUAACCCCUAUGUCGGACUCGCUUUCGUGUCGGCGCACGCAGUGAUAUACUCGUGCGUCGUCGAGGCGUGUUUCUGGAGACUUGGGCACAUGCGGAGUCAGACGGAAGACAUGCGGUAUUCAGAAGCCACCAAGAGGCUGCGGCAGAGCCGCCGCCACUGGGACUUCUUCAACUGCAACCCCGUGUUCUGUCUGCGCACGCGACUCCUGUCUGAGAAGGAGUCGGAGUGGGAGCGGAUCGCCGACGCCACGUACGUCGGAGAGCCGCGGAAGCCGCGCGAAUGCGUCCCGUUCAAGCGCGGGAGCGCCUCGGUUCUGCGCCGGGACAACGAGAGAAGGCAGCUGCGCACUGGGGACUUCGCCGCGAAUUUGGCGGCAGGA